UUUACAAACUUCGACUGCAGCAACAUAAAAAAUCACCAAUCAAUAACAUUCUAUUGUUUAUUUUUAUAUAGUUCUGUAGUGUAUUUAGAAGUGAUCAUGGGUUUUGAACUGCCUCGUGUGACGAUGUGCUGUUUCUGCUUCUCAUUGAGGACUGGAGCGCUGUUGAUAGGUUAUGUUUCAAUGCUCAGCGCGCUGGCUUCCCUCGCGUCAACCUCCGUGUUCAUCUACCUGGUCUCCCGCUACGUGUCCGAGCACGCUGACAACCCGCCCCAGGGCCACACACAGGCGGAGGUGCAGAGCAACGCCGUCAGACUGUACAUAGUGCACGGACUGCAACUGCUGGGCUUCCUGUUCUAUUUUGUGAUCAGUUUGCUGCUUGUUAUUGGCGCUCAUAAGAAGCAGCCGCGCUACAUGCGGCACUACUUCCUGGCGGGUGCUGUGAACCUGGUGUUCAGCCUGGCCGUGGUCACCGUCUCCUUCCUCUUCACCGGCUUCCUCACCACCGUGGCGCAGCUGAUGGGAUGUGCGAUACUGUUCUACUUCCUGCUGGUGAUCCGGAGCGCGUUCCUGGAGCUGGAGGAGGCGGCUCGGCCGAAGGUCUACGAGCUCACGCAGUACCAGCCCGCGCCGCUCAUCACGUAGUGGUGGAGUGACCAUUGAACUCUUUGCGAAAGCAGUUGAAGAGACUGUCAAAGUGUAUACC